AUGUGGAUACCUCAAGAUGAACAUUUACUAGCCACCAUCCUUCAUCCACAACUCAAACAUUUUGGUAAAAAUCCAUCUGAUAAAAUUAGAGCAAUAAAAAAUCUUAAUAUUCUUAAAGUUAUAUUUGAUAACCAAAUGGGUAACAAUGAACAAAAUCAAGGGAAACGAAAGAAUGAUCAAUCAUCAAAUAAAUCAUCUGAUGAAAAUAUUAAAAAACAAAAAGUAGACGAAAAUGAUGACAUUCUUAUUGAAGAAAAAGAAAAUAUGUUUUAG